GUUUCUCAUCGGAGCGCUUUAUGCACUGGACUGUCAACAACAAAUAUGGCGGCCGUUUGUACGUAGCCGAACUGCAUUUGACGGUACAGAUGGAAGGUGAAAGCCCGUGUUGGUGACAGUGAAGAUCAUCGGAGCUGCUGGAGGCUGAACACUGAGCAGCGGUGAAAUCAUGGUGCUGAAGAUCUUCUUCCCACAGUGCUGUAACCGGGCGGACAGCGGGCUGUUGGUGGGCCGCUGGAUCGCCGGCCAUGACUCGGCCGUGGUGCUGGCGGUUAUCCACUACCCGUUCAUCCCGGGACAGGUCAAACAGUACAUCCAGCAGAUGCAGGCUCAGAGCGGGGUGGAGCUGUCUGUGCUGGGCUCGUGGAGUUUACCCAAAGACGAUCAGGAGGGCAUGGAGAGUUUCCUCAGAGACCUCAGCACCAUUUUCCCUCAGGAGCGCUGGCUCCAGAUCAGCCGCCAGGUGGGCAAGACCGGCUUCACCUGCGACAUCCUCAACCGGGAUCAAACAGAUGGAAGAGAAGUUCAGCAGAAGGUAAAAAAGAAGGAGGAUGAGAAGACUGAUGGUGAGGCUGGAGCUGAGGGAGAAGAAGAGGAGAAGGUGAUCUUCGUCCACUAUGAGCAGAGGAAGGUGAUGCUGUCACAGCUUCACCCCAUCGAGAACGGAGUUCCCGACCCCAAAACUGAUCCACCGUCUGAGCUGAGACAGAUGUUCCAGACGGUGGCCCGCAGCCAUCCCCUGUUCUUCCUGGACAAGUACGACGACGGCCCGCUGAAGUCCACACACUGGCAGUCUGAAGGUCGAGAGGCCAGCAUCAUAGUGGAGCUGCUCAAACAGGCGUCUGUCCCGCUCUGCCUGCUCAUCAGCUGGCUGCUGUCCAUAUGGACGUGGAUCUGUAACAUCCGGAUCUUCAGUCUGUACCCGCUCCGCUUCCUGUCCAGUAAACUGUCCACAUGUGUCCAGCUGAGCUACAGAACCGAACACAUGAGGACACUCAGCUCACCCAAACCAGCUGCUGGACACACACAGUUCAUGAGAAAAGCCAACAUCUUGGUGUCGUUCCUGGUGGAUGUGGCUCUCGGCAUGUUGCUCAUCUCGUGGCUCUACAGAGACAACCACAUCCCCAUGUUAGCAAAUACACUGGUGCCUGCAGCAGAUCAUGUGGCUAAAGAGCUGGAGGAGCUGCUGCAGUGGCUGAUGGGAGCUCCUGCAGGACUGAAGAUGAACCGGGCCCUGGACCAGGUUCUGGGACGCUUCUUCCUCUACCACAUCCACCUGUGGAUCAGCUACAUCCACCUGAUGUCUCCGUUCAUCGAGGGGAUCCUCUGGUACGGGGGCCUGUCCGCCUGCCUGGGCCUGACCUUUGCCCUCUCGCUGCUCUCUGAUAUGGUCGCCCUGCUCACCUUCCAUAUCUACUGCUUCUACGUCUACGGAGCCAGGUUGUACUGUCUGAAGAUCUACGGCCUCUCGUCUCUCUGGAGGCUCUUCAGAGGGAAGAAGUGGAACGUCCUGCGGCAGAGAGUGGACUCCUGCUCCUACGACCUGGACCAGCUCUUCAUCGGGACGCUGCUGUUCACCAUCCUGCUCUUCCUGCUUCCCACCACAGCGCUCUACUACCUGGUCUUCACUCUGUUGCGGCUGGGGGUGGUGCUUUUCCAGGGCGUCCUCCACCUCAGUGUGGAUUUCAUCAACUCCUUCCCUCUGUUCGCCGUGGGCCUCCGCGUCUGUCGGCCCUACAGACUGGCAGAGGGAGUAAAGUUCAGGGUGCUGUGUGACGAGCCGGGGACGGCCCUUCACCUGCUGAUGGAGAUUAACCCCCUGAAGUGCAGCACAGUGGUUCAGACCUACCGCACUCCGACUUACAGCUGCUACCCAAAAGACUCGUGGGCGGCGCUGGUCAAGAAACUGUUUGUCGGGGAGCUGAUUUACCCCUGGAGACACAAAACCACCAAGACUGACUGAGAAACACCGGCCAGAAAUGUGAGAGAGGGAGAGGGAGAGAGGGAGAGAGGAAAAAGGAGAGAUGAGGGAACAGAGGAAAGGGAAGAGGCUGAAUAAAUAAUGAGGUGGAAACAGACAGAUGGAGGCAGAGAGGGGAAGUGGGAAGCAAGGGUGAAACCCGUACAAAGAGCUCUGAGUUGAGCUGCUUUCAUGUUGGAUGGGAAAAACGUCAGAGAGAGAGAGAGUCUGUUUCAGCUCGACUGAAGCUGCCAAGUCACCACUUCUAGUUUUCUGAACUCAUGAUUUACAGCACAACAGUGUCAGCAGCAGCUAAAAACCAGCAGGUAGUCAGUCAGUGUCAGUGCGUCUGUCAUCUUUUUAGUUGAAAUGCAAACAUUCCCUUUAAAGUAGUUUUUUCUUUGGUCAAACAGAAGAAAUUAGAAACGAGGCUGUAAGCUGAAGUGAACUGUGCAAAACAACAAGGGACCAAAACAACUUCUUAAUAUGUGGUAGAUGACCUUCCUCCUAAAUCAUCACUUUUAUAUCUGGGGAUGUCAGUAGUCUCUUGCUGAAUGUUUGUCACUGUGGCUGCAGGUAAUAGUUAUGGGUUAAUGCUAAAUGCUAAAUGCUAAAGCAGGAGUAUACACAAGUAAAUGUCACCAAAUUACUCUGUAGUGUCUUUUAAACACUACAUGUGGUAAAGUUUGCUAACAUAAGCUACUGGAUGCACCAGACCAAGUACGACUGUAGCAGCAAACCAGAGAAGGAGAAACUGAUUUUUAUUGCUUGUGAUCGUACGUGUUAAUGAGCUGCAGCUUCACCUGAGAUGAGAGAGUAUUUUCAUGUAUGAAGUGUUGUUCUAAAGCCUGGGUCCACUGACAAACAAAAUCAGUUAUUUAUGUAUUAACCUGCACUGACUGUGUCGAUAGUUUUAAUCCGUUACAUUUGAUAUGAUUAAGUAUUUGUAUGAGCCUGAUUUUAAAAAAAAUUCUUUUCAAUACAGAGUUGUUUUUAAUCUUUAAUAGUUUGAAUGAACUGAUGAGUGUUUUUGGUUGAUUCGUUGCCAUAUUUCCUCCAUACACUGGAACUACAGAUGGAGAUAGAACCUGCUCUGGCUCAGUUUGUCCAUCUUCUUUUUUAUUUAUGUGCCUAAUCAUGUAUUCUCUUUCUUCCCAAGGUUUCAGGCUUUUUACUGUUAACGUGGAUUAUUGUUGUUUUAUUUUGCUGAUCUCUGCCCUUUAGUCUCCUUAGCACCAAUCUGCCCAAUUUGUCAUUUGUAACAGUUGAAUUGAUAUAUUUACUUACUUUUAUUAAUGUGCUUUUAAUUUAAUUCUACGUUGAUCUGUUCUAAACCUUCCAUCGUCAGAUUUUUUUCAUAUUUAAUAUUCCCUGUUCUUUUUCUCUGUUCAGCCAAUAAAAGAAAUCCAGUAGAAAUCA